AAUGAUUCAUUGACACCAUAUAAAAACUUUCCUCACAUGUGUAUACCUGUUCACUUCAAAAUAUCAACAUGAAGGCUUUAAUUUUACUUUGUUCUUGUUUUGUCGUUUCUAAUGCUUCUCUGUGGGAUUUACUUACCAAAAUAACGGGAACCAAAGGCCAAUGCAGUACUGCUCCAAGCUUCAAAGAUCCCUUGAUUGCUACAGAUCCUAUGUGUGAGGCCAAAGCAGAUUUGGGAGACUGUACUUUCUAUGAUUGUUUCGAAGACAGAUAUUCCUGUGGUCUAUGUGGCUUUCCUAAAACAUAUGACCUAUACAACUGUGAAAAAAUGCAUAUGCCUUUGUAUUUAGAUAGUUUUACUCCACAGGGACAGCAGUUUGUAUUAGACGCUGGUAAAUGUCUGACACUAUUUAUGAAAUCUUUAUACCGAUUGGACAGACUAAGUUGUGAUGUGGUCAAACAUCAAAUGGAGGAAAAAGUAACAGAAUGUUUCAUCAGCAGUGGUUUUUGUGAUAUUUUGAUGGAGAACAGAAACGCAUUGUGGGCUGUCUACAAUGUUAAGAAAAUCCUCAAAAAUCCAAAAAUUGUCGGAGAAGUCAUGGAAAUUUCAAAGAACUGCAGUUCGCAGAUUGCCACGUGGGCAUUUGGACAUGCACAAACUAAUCUUACCAAAACACAGACAAAUAUUAAUGCUGGUUUAUCUCAAUUAAUUAAUGCAUUUGGCAAGAAGUGAAUAUGUAUUUUUUAAUUUAAUUUUUUAGUAUAGUAUUAUUGUUUUUUUUCCCCAUUUUUUUCUAAUAAAAAUAUAAAAGUGGAAAAAAAAUAUUCUUGAAACAUGAAUAUGUUUUCUUUAAAAAAAAUCAGUUGUCUCUAAACGAGAGUUGUUUCGUUGACGCAGGACUGUAAAUGGACGUUUUUCAAUAAAAGUGUGACUUUCAGACCUAAAAAAUGGAAAAUCAACUUGUCUAGAAUUUUAUUUCAAGAGUUAUUUUGAAUACCUCUGUGUAUGUUGGCUCUAACCUUAAGUAAAAAUAACAUUUAUUUCUACCUCUUUUUUUACGAUAUUUUAGAGUACGAAUGUUGAACAGGUGGUCUAGGGACAUGCCAUUUUGGUUGUUUUGGACCAUUCAGGAAUAUAUCUUAUUAAUCCUCUAAAAAAUAAAAUAAAUGCAAAAAAAUAUGUUCCAUAUUCUGCAACCAAGGUAUGGUAUAAAUUACGAUUCACAAUAAAAAGUUAAAAAAAAUGUCGCAAGAAUCUGUUAAAAAAUGUAAAAAUAUUUUCUUUAAAACUAUAUAUAAAUUAUGUAAAUUAAAAACUUUUUCUUUUAUGGUGACAAUUUGAAAACUUUAUUAAUUGUUGCCAUUUAAAUGUUAAAAAGAUUGGUUUGUGUGUAUAAAUACAUUGUCUUUUGAUGUAUGAGUGUUUACCGUAUAUGUGUAUUUUGUUUGAGGGCCCAAUGGAAAUUAGACUAGUUCUAAUUGAGUUACCCUCAUUAAAUAAAUAAUUUAUUAUGAU